UUCACAAGGCAGAGGGAUUUUCGAAAAUGUGCAGCAAUUGAACGACGCGGUGGCUUCGAAUUCUGAAGAAAACUGUAUUCUGUUGUAGAGCAUUACAGGCGGAAUGAAAUCAGCUCGGGUGUAGAAUCUCUCACGUUCCUCGCUCUCGUUCGACGCUCCACCAGAUAUCUGGCGACUGAAUUCAUUUUGGCGUUGCCUUUAUCACUAUCGCAAACACACACCUUUCUCAGAUGGGACAUAUUUACUCAGAUGUUUAAUCAGACAGCGCUUGCAAAUGCGCAGCUUGCAACAGUACUAGCAACAGUUAGACAACUAACUUAAAGAUAAUUUACUAGCUAACCUACGUAUUAUGAGGAGAAAUGUAGCUAGCUAGAACGCGAGUAGUUGACUGUGGCGAACAGAUAUUUUGUUAUUAUAUUUUACAAAGCUGUAUUUUGUGCGUUUUAAUGUUGUAAGCUAGCUAAGUCUUACCACGCAGCCUUUAUCCAGGUAAUGUUAGCGAUAUUAAAAUGAAGAAGACGACGAAGAAGUGUGCAGAGGAACUGGAGGACGCUAUCAGCGAACUUUGUGUACUGUGUAAGCGACGUGACAACUGCCCAGACAAAUAUGGAGAGAAGAUCACACUCCAAGAGCAUAAAAUCACAGUCCAUUAUUUCUGCUUGUUGAUGUCCAGUGGGAUAUUCCAGAGAGGAGAAGAGCAUGAAGGCAUUCAUGGUUUUCUUGUGGACGAUAUCAGAAAGGAGAUUCGCAGAUCUGCCAGACUGCGGUGCAUGGGCUGUAAAAAGGCAGGUGCUUCAGUCGGAUGUUCCAUUAAAAGCUGCAGACAGAUGGUCCACUUGCCUUGUGGAAUUGAACAGGAGUUUAUCUUCCAGUUCACUGACUUAUUCCCAUCUUUCUGCAGAAAGCACCGCCCCACUCAGACCUGCUCUACCAGCCCCACUCUGCCUCUGUGCUGCUCCAUCUGCUUGGAGCCCAUUGAGCCUGUUUUGUCCUACUCUGUGCUCAAGUGCCCUGCUUGUCAUGGAAGCUGGUUUCAUAGGAACUGUGUUCAGUUUCAGGCACACAGUGCUGCAAUGUUUUUCUUCAAAUGUACCCUGUGCAGCAAUAAGGAUCAGUUCCAGCAAGAAAUGCUCAGAAUGGGAAUACACAUACCAGAAAGAGAUGCCUCGUGGGAACUGGAGGAAAAUGCUUACGGGGAUCUAUUACAAGUGUACCAGCACUGUGAUGCUGUGAAAUGUUCAUGUGAUAGGGGUCGCAGUUAUAGUGCACAGUCAGGGGGUUAUGAGAUUGUUCGGUGUAAGUUCUGCGGAUCCAGUGGAACCCAUCGAAAAUGUUCCUCCCUCAAGCUUUAUGAGACUAACUGGAGUUGCAGUGACUGCAAAGCUGCUGCUGAAGGAACAGCAGUGUCUCCAUUACCAAAUCAUGUUAAAUCACCACUGGCAGAGAGGCAAGAGAAGAAAAGACUGUUCAAAAGAUGUCUCUCCAACCUUCACUCUUCACUCAUCUCUAAAAGGCGCUGUUUGGAUGCAAGUCCCGCAGAGAUCUUAAUGGAUCUUGCCACUCAGAUAACACCGCAGCGAACCACAGCAGUGCUGCUGGAAAAUGAUGAGGUCCUUGAGGCUGCCCUGCAGGCUCUGCGGCAGACUGACUUCAACCCUUGCCACACACUGUCUGUGAGCUUUGCCAGAAGCAAACGGAGUGAAAACGUGGCAAACCAGCGCCGGUUCCUCAGCCGCCUCCUGCAGAGCUUGCAGAACUCAAGCAUUUUUGAAGGCCCUGAGGGAACUAAAAACCUGGCUUUGAAUUCACAAGCACUGAGGGAUGAUUUGUACUAUGAGACUGGCAGUCUUCUGGCCCUCUCUCUUGUCCAUGGAGGCCCUCCUGUGGCCUUUUUCUCUCCUGCCCUCUACCACAGUUUGUUCCAUUACCCACCUGAUUAUAAGCUCACUGUUGAAGACCUGGGAGAUGUCAUUUUAACAAACAAAGUCAAAAUGACUCCUCUGUUUCAGAUAGCAGAAUCAAACUCAUUAUCAGAGUUGAAGAGAGCAGUGAGGGCCGCAUCUGAGUAUUUGCAUGUGGCAGGCUGCUGGCGACGGGUCAACAAACUGGCUGAUAAAAACAUGCUACUUGAGGACAUUCUGAACUUUUACCUAAUCAUCAGAAUGCAGCUGCCUCUUCAAAGGUUUCGUGAAGGCCUCAGGACGUUGGGUGUUUUUGAGCGUGUCCAAGCGUGUCCAGAGGGCUUCUACUCAGUUUUCUGUGACCCAGUAGAAAGGAUGACUGCUGAGGCCAUGUUUUCCCUUCUCACCCCUCAAUUUUCUGAAGAAGAAGAGCAGAAGGCAAAAGAAGACAUGACUUUAGGUUUUUGGAAGCAUUACCUACAUGAGUGCGAAGACGGACAGUGUGCAGCAUCACUAGAGGAUAUUCUCAUCUUUGCCACUGCUGCUGAUGUGAUCCCUGCCAUUGGCUUCAACCCUGCACCUUUGUUAUCGUUCUUUACCCCACUAGACUCCUCAUGUGCCUUUCCUCAAAGCCACCCUGAAGCUAACCACCUCAUUCUACCUGUGCUCCCUUCCUACAAGCUUUUCAAAAAGCACUUGGAAUACGCUGUGUGUCAGCUAUCAGUGAUGCAGGCCAUUUGAACCCUGGGAAGUUCCCUGAAUUUAUGGGUCAGAGCUGAAACAAAUGCAGACUAUAAUGGUGCUAAUGAUCUAAAUGUCUGUUUGAAAUGGUUAAUCUGUGACACAUCUAUGUGUUAAGACUAUCCAGUGCACAUGUUUCUCCUCUAAAACCCUGCAGUGGGAAAAAUACUGAAAAACUCAUUUCUUUAUUUGCAAGUGCUCCUAAAAAGUGUUAGAAAGUGAGUAACAGGAAUACUCAACAAAGGCAGCUUUUGCAUUACUAUUACUGGACAUUAUGGUAAUGUUUUGCUUUGCAAUUUCUGCCUAUUAUGCAAAAAAACAAAGUAACUGGGUUAUUGUUGCUAGUAGAUCGCUGAUGUUUCGAUGUAGCAUUGCUGUAUUCACAACAAACUUUUUUUGCAAUAGAAAAUCAUAUUGCAGAAGUUUUCUUAAAAUAAAUGAAAGGUUUCACUUAUUUUUUUCUCCACAAAUUCACUCUGGCACUGACUAAAAUAUCUUCUGUCGUGUUAGGCAAUUAAGUUGUGUCCUGAUAGCUAUGAUGAGGGUUUUUUGGGUUGUUUUUUCCUUUGUGACCAUACUUGAAACAUGGGUGAGUUACCAAAGAUCUUGAGAUUGCUAUUGAUGUAGCUGUUAGUUAUAGCUAAAAAAAAAAAGACAGAAUAGCAUUUUAUAAAAAUACAAAAUAGCUAUGGAGAUGUUAUGCUUCUUUUGUAACAGUACAAAUAGAGCUUGCUUCUGGACUAAAUCCAUGUAAUGGAGCAAAAGUGAAAACUUGAGAUUUGUGAUAUAUACAUAUGUAUUUUAAACCCAGUAUAGUAUACCUAUAUUUGCCUUUUUUGUUGUUUUUUUAUUUGUUUUGGGUUUUUUUUUUGUUUUUUUUUUAAUAAAAAGUGUACAUAUUCUUUCUCAUAUACAAAAAUAUUUACAGUUCUGGACAGAAAUCGACAAUUUGUCUUUAUUGUCUCCAGUUUCUAAUUUUAAGCUUCUCCACAGGUUCACAAUAGUGCCACUUUUGAAAAAAGGUGAAUGCCUUCUGUGACUGUAAUAUGUCUUUUCAAAUAAAAGCAUUAAGUAGCACCUCAGCAAGGAUCUUUUGCCACAGGUCUUUAUUGAGCACUGAAUCAGUAGACAACUCCACAGAAAAAACAGAUGAGUCAGGGGUGUUUCACAAAAACAGGACAUGGUACAUCUGGUGUUGACCAGUCAGAUUCUGUUUGAUUCUGAGUUCUAUUCUUAUUUUCUGUAAAUAGUUAAAG